AUUUGAUAGAAGUUUUUGCAGAAGCUAUUGAUGCCUUAUUGUAUGCUGGUAUAAUAAUUUCACAAAGGUAUCUAGAUAAAAAAAAGACAGCCAUUACUGAUAAUUAUCUAUAUAGAGUUGAUUUAUAUCUAGAAGCUAAAAAAGAUAAUAUCAAAUUAGAUAAAUCAAAAUCGAAUCUUAAAGAAAUAAUUGAAGCUGACAAAGAUAGUUCACAAAAUCAGAAAAUAGAAAACGAAGAGGAUAUUUUAGAAGUAUUUCGAAAAGAUAAGCAA